AUGUCUAAAACAAAUGUAGUGAUUAUCGGUGGCGGUAUAGUUGGAGUGUGUACCGCUUACUAUCUAAGCAAAGAAGACAACGUGGAUGUGACUAUAGUUGAAAACGCUGAAAUUGCCGGUGCAGCUUCUGGUAAAGCAGGCGGUUUCCUAGCUAAAGAUUGGCACGCAAGUGCGACUGAGAGUUUAGGGUAUCUGUCCUACGACUUACAUAAAAGGCUUGCUGAAGAACUCGACGGCAGAACGCGCUGGCAUUAUAGAGCUCUUCAAACAUCCAAUGUCGUCUUAAAAGCAACACAAGCUACUGGAAAUUCCAAGCCGAAAGCUAAUGUGGUGCAUGAUGGCGAGGAGCCAUUCAGACCUCGACCACCACCCAAGGGCGAGUCCAACAUCGAUUGGAUCUCAAAGCCAUUAGAGGAUGCAAGAGGUGUGAUUAGCCAUGAGAUGGUGUCAGAUGAGGAUACCACUGCUCAGGUGGAGCCAUAUCUAUUCACAACGAGUAUUUUAGAAGAAGCGAAAAAGAAUGGCGUCAAAGUAGUUAAAGGCUCAGUGAAGGAAUACGUGAACAAAUCUGUUACGCUGGAAAGCGGGGAGAGCAUUCCUGCUGAUAAGCUUGUAUUAGCAGCUGGACCAUGGACAUCGAGUGUUUUUGACACACUGUUCGACACUCAAGCCCAUCUUCCGAUUGAGGCGUUGCCUGGCUACUCACUUGUUCUUCGUCCGACGUCUAUGCCAUCAGCUCAUGCCGCAUUCACCACUAUCCUCGGCUACGAUAGUGUAGAGAAUGCAAUGAGCGGCACGCCAGAGUUGUUCAGUCGAUUGGAUGGGACUGUAUAUGUUGCUGGCGAGAACGAAGGGCCAGAGCUACCUCCAAAUGCUGGACAAGUUGCAGAGCUUGCCCUAACACAGGAAGAAAGAUGGGACAAGCUGCGAGCUGCCGUGUACGAACUUGGUCCUUCACUAGCCGGUGCAGAGGUAGUUAAGAAGCAGCUAUGCUACCGCCCAAUAACCUACAAGAAACGCCCUAUGAUAUCUUCAUUGAAGAGCUUGGUUGGCGAUGAUGUUUUUGUCGCCUCCGGCAUGGGUCCCUGGGGGAUCUCACUCGGACCUGGGACUGGACUAGUUCUUUCUGAGCUAGUUUUAGGCAAAGCACACAGUGCAGAUGUGUCAAAACUCUCGGUUGAAAAUUUUGAGACAUGA